AUGUCCAUAUUAAAUAGAAGGAAACGAAAAGAUUUGAAUCCAGGCAGUCUUACUCCAGAAUCUGAGCCUUUAGCUAUUAAGAAUGCGAAGAUCUAUGGUCGGGAAGAAGUAGUAAUCCCUUGUGCUUCUGAUGAUGAUUCGGGAAGUGUGGAUUUGCAGCUGAGCAACCUAGAGGAUAUUAAAAGAGGCCCAAGUAGCAUUGAUCUUACAGACUCGGACAUCUCUGACAUCCCUGUACUUCCUUGGGAGUCCUUUACAGAUAGCUGCAGGCAGCUCACCCAGCAGGGGCCCCUUGGCGAGGCCAUCACUGAGAAGCUGAUCCAGUCCAUUGAGGAGGUUUUUAAUGGUGAGCUAAAGGUUCUGGUGCAGGAAGAGCCCUUGCAUUCUCUAUUCAGCCCUGUGCGCCAGGAGGUGUUUGUCACCAUCGCUGACCUCAGUUACCAAGAUGUUCAUUUGCUAUUUGGUUCAGAAGAUCGAGCUGACUUGUUCAGUCUUAUCACCAAAAGUGUAAUCACUCUGCCGGCUGUAAGGAAUCUUUCCCAGCUGCAGGAAGUCAUGCCGAGUGGGCCCUACAACUCAGAGUGUCUCUACAGACAGACGUUUCAGGCAUUCUCUGAGAUGCUCCAGAGUUUGGUGGUAAAAGACCCACAUUUGGAAAAUCUUGACACCAUUUUUCAGCACAUGGACUCCUGGUUACAGUCAGCCAAAGACCAUGAGCGGGAACGGGCCACGGCCAGCAUGGCUCAGGUUCUGAAGUGCUUGUCCAGGCAUCUCAGCUUGAAGCUUCCACUGCGAUUCCAAAGACUUGGACACCUUGUGGCUCUGAUGGCACUGCUGUGUGGGGACCCGCUGAAAGAGGUGGCCAGCGAGGCUGCAGAGGGCACUCACUACCUGCUGCAUAUCACUCUGAGGCUGAAGUAUAUCACUCAUGACAAGAAAAAUCACCAAAGCUUGAAAAGAGCAUUUAAAAAAUGCCGAGAACUCCUAGAGCUCUACAAUAUUAAACAGUUCUACAGUUAUCCGUUCAAAAUUGCCCAGAUCUUUGAAGUUUUUCUCAAUUCAAAUGAGCUCUGCCAGUUUGUAAUGACUACUUUGGAUGGCCUGGAAAACCUGAAACAUCCCUGUACCCAGCAAUCAGCAGGAGAACUGCUGAUAACAUUGGUGAAAAAUGCGGAGUCUCGAUUUGAGAAGGUGCCAGAAAUUAUGGGCGUUAUCUGUGCCCGGCUAUCCAUAAUCAGCCAACCCAGAGUCCGCCAACAAGUUAUAAAUACUGUGAGCUUGUUUAUCUCCAGGCCCAAAUACACAGAUAUAGUACUCAACCACCUUCUCUGUCACCCCGUACCGUAUGACAGGCAUCUGGCUGAAUUGUGGAGAACCUUGGAGGUUGAGCUGCCCAGUAUGACCUGGAUUCUCUGGAGGCUCCUGAGGAAGCUGCAGAAAUGCCAUAACGUGCCCCCACAGGAGAAGAUGGUCUAUGUGGCUGUCGCUGCCACAGAUGCCCUGUAUGAGGUGUUCAUGGGAAACAGGCUCCGGGCAGCUACAUUCCGACUGUUUCCUCAGCUUCUCAUGACACUGCUUGUCCAGAUACAUCACAGCAUUGGCCUCACCAUGUCUGAUGUCACCAUCCCCAGUGGCCUGUACACAGAGCAGGCAAUGUCUUCAGAAAUCACCCCUUUACGCUUUGCCAUGCAGGCCACAAAGACUCUCCUGCUCAGAACAUUGUGCUGGCAGGAAUUCAACAUCAUGGAAAAGAAUAAAGGAUGGAAUCUUCUGGAAGAAAAAGAUAGCCAUCUUCAGGGAGUAUUUCUCCUUGCCAGUGCAUUGCUGGAGAGAAACCAACUCCUUGCACAUAAGGUCAUGUACUUGUUAGUCCCUCUGCUUAAUCGAGGGAAUGAUAAACAUAAGCUCACAUGUGCAGGCUUUUUUGUGGAGCUUCUCCAGAGUCCAGUGGCUAGGAGACUGCCCAGCAUAUACUCUACUGACCGCUUGAAAGACUGGCUGCAUCAUGAAGAUCAUCUCUUUAGAAUUCUGGCUCUGAGGGGGCUGUGCAAUCUUACCAGACACCAGGACAUGAGGGAAGCUAUCCAGAGCUUGUUGCCAUCCAUCUUAGACAUCUUAGGUGAAACCGAUGAGAGGAUUGUUUUGUUGGCCAUCCAGAUACUCCUGCAACUGGUCAGGACAAUGGAUUUCACUACCCUGGCUGCCAUGACGAGGAUCCUACUCUCCUUGUUUGGUGAUGUGAGACCUGAUGUUCAUCAUUUCUCCAUGACACUCUUUGGAGCCUCCAUAAAGUCUGUGAAAUACACAGAUAAGAAGAAUAUAGAGAGCCAAGUCCUGGAGAGCCUGGUCCCACUACUUCUGUAUUCUCAGGACGACAAUGAGGCAGUAGCUGAGGAGAGCAGACGAGUCCUAGCUAUAUGUGCCCAGUUCCUGAAGUGGAAGCUGCCACAAGAAGUGUACUGCAAAGACUCCUGGUACACCAAGCCUGUUGAAGCUGGAGCAAUCUGCAAAUUCUUUGGAAAAAGAUGCAAGGGGAAAAUUAACAUCCUAGCCCAAACACUGAUGUAUACCAAGAAUGCAAAACUUCCUAUCAGAAGAGCAGCAGUCUUAUUUAUAGGGCUCUUAUCAAAAUACAUGGAUCACAGUGAACUCAGGAUGAAGGGUACUGCCUGGAUAAAGGCUGAUCUGCGAGGUCUGCUGCAUGACCCUGAGCCUUCUCUGCGCAUCAUCGCCUCCCAGACUCUGUUCCGAAUCCAGAAGGUAGAGACUGAGCCAGAACCUGAGCAGACAGUUUGCUGGCUAAGGAAGCUCAUGGGCUGUCUCCAUACCUAGAAAUGCAAGGCAAACAACAUCAGAUGGGAAAGCUGUGGAACCAAACAUGAAAAUGAUUUGUUCAAGUUCACACAACUAGUAAAUAGUAAAGCCAGGAUUCAAAACCAAGUAGUCAGGCUCCAAAGCCCACACCCUGACUGGUCUACUCUGCUCUUCUCCAGUCUGCUCUUUUGCUCUAAUGUGAAUAAAUGUCGAUCUACUCUACAGUUAACCUCAGUUGCUGAAUUCAUGGCCCCAAAGAAACUCAUGUAAUCAAACAAAUACUGUAAAGUCAUAGCGAGCCUCAAAUAAUUUAUCGAAUACAAAAGACGAAGACUUCUUAACUAAAAGAUAGUAUGCCUUCUUUUAUUUUCAAAAUAAGACAGAAUAAACAUUCUAUACUGUAGAGAGUAUAGUUAGAGCAAAAAGUGGUAGUUUUUCUUGAAAAAAAAUUUUUUGCAUCUUUAGUUUGAUCUCAUGAACUGUCCCAAUCUCACAGAAAACAGAC